AUUCUACCACUAUAUGCUUUUGUUGCACAUUUUUGCAUGUCCUGUAGCAUUUUUAAUUCUGCAAAUCUAUUAUCAGAGAGCAUCAUUGAAACAUUAUUGACGAAAGUUGCAAUGCGAUGUACGAAGUUUUCAUCAGCGGCUAUCGUUUGGCCGAAGUGUCACACGGCAAACCCUAUUAUGUUUACUGUAUCGAGAUUUUGGAGUUAAAAACGGGCACUCGAUAUUACAUCGAGAGAAGAUACAGUGAAUUUAGUGCGCUACAUCGUGCGUUGAAGAAAGAUAAUACAGAUAUUGCACCAUUUCCACCGAAAAGGGUGAGAAACUCACAACCAAAAGUUUUAGAACAACGACGAGCCGCGUUGGAAUUAUAUAUACAGAAAAUGCUGCGUUUAUUGGCAACAAAACAGCAAGUUCUCAAUUUUUUGGGUAUAGAAAAUGAGGAAUCCAACGCAUCUCACAAAAGGAUAGAGAAGGUUGCAAAUGGCUUGAUGCACGAUCAUCCAAAUAUUUUGGGGCAUCAUCCAAUUUUAACUUUUCAUUGCGAUCCAUAUGUCCAAGCUGAUUCAACUAGCAGUCUUCCAGAUGUUGUAACUAACGGUGUAUUGCUGGGUAUAUACAAAUCAUAAAAUUUCUCAUCUAUAAAAAAAUGCAUGAAUAUUGGAACAUAAGUGCAUUUUCAAUUUUCGAUUUAAUAUACAAAUAUUAAAAUUUUUGAAGAUGGAAUUUGCGUUUUGCAAAUAAGUAUCUAUUUAGUGCAAAUGUGGCACAAAGAAGAGGGUGAAAAUUUAAAUAAAUGCUUCCAUUUUAUAUAAUAUAUACAGUUUUAAUUGUAACAUAUAAUGCAAAUAUAUGAUACAGUGCCAUGCUUUGGAUAAGUGAGCGAGUAGGGAUUGUGAGUGCUUUGGAAUGGAAUCUGGCUAGCUCAGUAAUGUAAAACAAUUGUCUGACAACAUGAAAAAAUCCAAAACUACUCCAUAUUUUUAUGCUUAAAAUUCUACUUUACAUUUUUAAGAAUCUUGUUUUAAGCUGAAGAUAUUAACGAGUAUAAAGAUUGUAUACAAUUCCUUAUGCAAAAAUGGGAAAUAAAACUGCCAAUUUGUUAAUUA